AUGAGCCGCUUCCUGAACGUCCUGCGGAGCUGGUUGGUGAUGGUGUCCGUCAUCGCCAUGGGAAACACGGUGCAGAGCUUCAGAGACCACAGCUUCCUGUCUGAAAAGCUCUACACGGGCACCCCAGAGUUUGUGAAUGGUCUCCAAGCUCGAACGUUUGGCAUUUGGACGUUGCUAUCAUCGAUCAUUCGCUGUGCCUGUGCCAUCGAUAUCCAGAACAGAACACUGUAUCACAUCACCUUAUGGACAUUUGUGCUGGCGUUGGGUCAUUUUCUGUCUGAAGUUUUUAUCUACAAAACGGCACCACUGACUAUUGGAGUGAUGGCACCACUCAUUGUUGCAAGUUUCUCCAUCAUAGGCAUGCUCAUUGGAUUCCAGUGUUUUUCAGAAACCCAGGAGGAAGUUGGAGCCCGACAGAAGAAGAGGAACUAGUUUGGGUUUUUUAUUACUGAAUCUGAUGAACCACCUGUGAUGAAACAC